UGGACUUCGGUGGUGCUGCUGGCUGCGGCCGCACGGUGGUAUGGCUGUGUCCCGGUCCGCGCGGGCCCCCCUCGACUCAGAUAAAGGACAGAAAGACAAGCCUGGACAGACUUCAGGGCCCAGGCCAGGCAGCCAAAUGGGAAAACUUCUGGGCUUUGAAUGGAAAGAUUUAUCUAGCUGGCAGAGGCUAGUGACCUUGCUUAAUCGACCAACGGAUCCAGCAAACCUGGCUGUCUUUCGUUUUCUCUUCGCAUUCUUGAUGGUACUGGACAUUCCCCAGGAGCGGGGACUCAGCUCCUUAGACCGAAAAUACCUAGAUGGACUGGAUGUGUGCCGCUUCCCCUUGCUGGAUGCUCUGCGUCCCCUGCCACUUGACUGGAUGUAUCUUGUCUACACUCUCAUGUUUCUGGGGGCACUGGGCAUGAUGCUGGGCCUGUGUUACCGGAUAAGCUGUGUGUUAUUCCUGCUGCCAUACUGGUAUGUGUUUCUCCUGGACAAGACAUCAUGGAACAACCAUUCCUAUCUGUAUGGUUUGUUGGCCUUUCAGCUGACAUUCAUGGAUGCAAACCACUACUGGUCUGUGGAUGGCCUGCUGAAUUCCCGUAAGAGGAAUGCCCAUGUGCCCCUUUGGAACUAUGCGGUACUGCGUGGCCAGAUCUUCAUUGUGUAUUUCAUUGCGGGUGUGAAAAAGCUGGAUGCAGACUGGGUUGAAGGUUAUUCCAUGGAACACUUGUCCCGGCACUGGCUCUUCAGUCCCUUCAAAUUGGUGUUGUCCGAGGAACUGACUAGCCUGCUGGUGGUACAUUGGUGUGGAUUGCUUCUUGAUCUCUCAGCUGGUUUCCUGCUCUUCUUUGAUGUCUCAAGAUCUAUUGGCUUCUUCUUCGUAUCCUACUUCCACUGCAUGAAUUCUCAACUCUUCAGCAUUGGUAUGUUCCCCUAUGUCAUGCUGGUCAGCAGUCCUCUCUUCUGCUCCCCUGAGUGGCCUCGGAAGCUGAUAUCCCACUGCCCGAAAAGCCUACAGGAACUGUUGCCCCUCAAGGCUGCCCCUCAACCCAGUGCUUCUUGUGUAUAUAAGAGGAGCCGGACCAAAAGUGGCCAGAAGCCAGGACUGCGCCAUCAGCUGGGGACAGCCUUUACCCUGCUCUACCUUCUUGAGCAGCUGUUCCUGCCCUAUUCCCAUUUCCUUACCCAGGGUUAUAACAACUGGACAAACGGGCUGUAUGGCUAUUCCUGGGACAUGAUGGUACAUUCCCGCUCCCACCAGCAUGUGAAGAUCACCUACCGUGAUGGCCUUACUGGCGAGCAGGGCUACCUUAACCCUGGGGUAUUUACACAGAGCCGGCGAUGGAAGGAUCACGCAGACAUGCUGAAGCAAUAUGCCACUUGCCUGAGCCUCCUGCUUCCCAAGUACAAUGUCACUGAGCCCCAGAUCUACUUUGAUAUUUGGGUCUCCAUCAAUGACCGCUUCCAGCAGAGGCUUUUUGACCCUCGUGUGGACAUUGUGCAGGCCUUCUGGUCCCCCUUUCAGCGCACGCCUUGGGUGCAACCACUCUUGAUGGACCUGUCUCCCUGGAGAACCAAGUUACAGGAAAUUAAGAGCAGCCUGGACAACCACACCGAAGUAGUCUUCAUUGCAGAUUUCCCUGGGCUGCACUUGGAGAAUUUUGUGAGUGAAGAUCUUGGCAACACUAGCAUCCAGCUGCUGCAGGGGGAGGUAACUGUGGAAUUGGUGGCAGAACAGAAGAAUCAGACUCUUCAUGAGGGAGAAAAAAUGCAGUUGCCUGCUGGAGAAUACCAUAAGGUGUAUACAAUAUCACCUAGUCCUUCCUGCUACAUGUAUGUCUAUGUCAAUACUACAGAGGUCGCACUGGAGCAGGACCUGGCCUAUCUGCAAGAAUUAAAGGAGAAAGUAGAAAAUGGAACUGAAACAGGACCUCUACCUCCAGAGCUGCAGCCUCUGUUGGAAGGGGAAAUAAAAGGAGGCCCUGAGCCAACACCUCUGGUUCAGACCUUUCUUAGACACCAACAAAGGCUCCAGGAGAUUGAACGUCGGCGAAAUACCCCUUUCUAUGAGAGACUCUUGCGUUUCUUGCUGCGAAAGCUGUAUGUGUUUCGACGCAGCUUCCUGAUGACUCGAAUUUCACUUCGAAAUCUGCUCCUAGGCCGUCCUUCCCUAGAGCAGCUGGCCCGAGAGGUGACAUAUGCAAACUUGCGACCCUUUGAGCCAGUCACAGAAUCAAGUCCUUCAAGUGGAGAUUAUUCAAAUCUUGAUAUUCCUGAGCCAGAUCCUGAACAUAACCACCCAGAUUUAUAAAGGGGCCCAGAUAUUUAGUGCAGAUGUAGAAACAGCCAGCCACAGGCCUAUUAUUUGUGCAAUGGACAUGUAUUUUGAGAGUUAUUUUUAAUGCUUUUUUUCCUUCAAAGCUCUUUGAUAGCUUGUAAGAGCUAAGGAAAUAAAGCAAUUUUUUUUUUUUUUUUUGGUGGGGAGGAGGGGUUGUACUAGGUUUUAAAUUCCGGGCCUUAAGCUUGCUAGGCAGUCAGGCACUCUACCAUUUGAGCCUCAACCCCAACCAUUUUUGCUUUAUUUUUCUGAUAGGUUCUCAUGUUUGUUUAUAUCCAAGCCAGCUUGAAUAUAAAGUUGCUAGGUUACAGGCACGUGCCACCAUUGCCCAGCUUUUAUUGAGAUGAAGUGUAAUUUUUUUGCCUGGGCUGGGGUGUACCAGUUCACUUGAUCUCUGGUUCCUCCUGAGUAGUUGGGAUUACAGAGAGCCUGGCUAAAGAUUUUAAAAUCCAGGACUAAGGGGCCAUGAAGUUAAAAGCAAUGUGGAAUGUCCUCUUAGAAUUAAAAGAAAGGAGUGGGUGCUGGUGGCUCAUGCCUGUAAUCUUAGCUACUCAGGAGGUUGAGGUAGGAGGAUUGUGAUUCAAAGCCAGCCCAGGCCAGAAAGUCCCUGAGACUCAUCUCCAAUUAACCACCAGAAAACCGUAAGUGGUGCUAUUGCUGGUGGUAGAGCGGUGGCCUUGAGCUGAAGAGCUCAGGGACAACACUCAGGCUGAGUUCAAGCCCUAUAACUGACCAAAAAUAAAUAAAUAAAAAGGCUAAGAAAUAAAUCCUCAGUAACAUUAGCCCCAUUGCACUGCUGAGGAACAGACUAAAUGGGUAAAAUAAUGUACCCAGACAAUCCAGCUGGGCUUAAUGGCUUGAACCUUUAAGUCUGUUUAGCUUACCCUACUGCUUGUAAUUUUCAGAUAACUGAAACCAAAGAUUAUA